CACACUCAGCCCAGUGUCCUGUCACAGUUGGCUCCAGUCUCCUCGCAGACAGUCAUGUGGCCUCUCGGUGUCUUUCUGAUGUACAGCGCCGUCGUAACAGGCAUGCCACCACCCCAAGACCCGGUGGUUCUGAACGUCACUGUCGAGGAGACCUCGGACCACCUCAGCAUCCGGUAUGGGGGUCCAGAGGCCACGGCGUCACACGACCAGAAGAGGAUCAUCGACAACGAAAUCGAGCCCACCGAACUCUGGAACACUGGUGAGCUGUUUACUGACGACCCUGAGCCGCUCGAUUUUCACGAGACCAACCCUCUCCUGACGCCUUACGGCCGUCUGGUGGAGGGCGACCUCCUGAGGUCACCGGAAGAGGACCGCAAGGGCGUGACCUCUGCGGAGCUCUGGACGGACCGGCGAUACAACUACGAGAUCAUCAACGACGCCAGUCGCGCCGCCAUCGAGGCCGGCAUCAAGUUCUGGCGAGACCACAGCUGCGUCCAGUUCCAGGAGGUGUCCAGCGGCAGCUCCGAGCCUCGGGUGCUCUUUGUGGCAGAGUCCGGCUGCUGGUCCAUGCUCGGCUGCACAGCAAAGCACGCCUCCUCACGAACACAGAAGCUGAGUCUCGGCUCUGGCUGCACCGGCUUCGGCACCGUCACCCACGAGAUCGGCCACUCGCUCGGCUUCUACCACGAACAGUCGCGCUCCGACCGCGACGAGCACGUCGUCAUCAUGUGGGACAACGUCAAAGAGGCGUACAAGCACAACUUCAAGAAGGUGGACACCACCCAGAACCACGGCGUGCCGUACGACCUCGGCUCCGUCAUGCACUACGGCUCGACGUACUUCUCCUCCAGCGGCGGGCCCACCAUCCUGACCCGGAACCCGACGCUGCAGGGUCUGAUCGGACAGCGCGACAGGCCCUCCUUCCGUGACGUGGCGCUCAUGAACCGGCUGUACCGCUGCGAGGAGCUGUGCAGCAGCCCACCACCGUGUCACAACGGCGGCUACGUGUCGGCCGACUGCGUGUGCCACUGUCCGCCGGGCACGAGCGGCUCGGCGUGCGAGACGGUGCGUGGCAGCUACUACCCGGCUCCGAGCUGCGGCGGCGAGAUCAGCUCCGAGGGCACCGUGAGCAGCCCCGGCUGGCCGGCGCUGUACCCGACCGGUGCCGACUGCUCGUGGUGGGUGCGGCCGCCGACCGGCCGCCGGGCGCGCGUCACCUUCACCACCUUCUCCAUCAUGCAGCAGGUGAACGGCUCCUGCAAGUACGAGUACCUCUCGGUACGGCUGGGCGGAGUGCUCGACGGCGGAGAGAUGUACUGCAGCAAACAGCUGACAGGCAAACAGCUGACGUCCACCAGCCCUGACGGAGACCUGGUGCUGCGCUUCAAGUCCUACAAGAAGUACUUCAUGGGAUCCGGCUUCGUUGCGACUGUCGAGUUUGUGUGAAACGGAGACAGCUGAAUGAUGGACGGUUAUCGCAGUAUCACGACCCCUCAGGUUUGAGAGUGGAUGUUGGAUGAAUGUAGUUGAUUACCAUAUAUUAGUGCAGGCUACCGAUCAUUUCGGCUAUAUUGAAUCGUCAUAACCAUGUUUUUUUCAUCAGAUGAGUGUGGCUUGGCAUGUCGAGUAAAUAAAAAGGAGUGCAUUGAA